AUGCAGAAGUGGUACACCGUGUACAAGAUUCGGUGCUCGUUCGUGUGGCUCCGAAGCCCGCUGGUUCUUCCCAGGACAGUACAUUUGAGGACUGUGUACUACCUAAGUCAGCGUGCACAGCCGAUGCGCCGCGCAAUGCGAGUGCUGGUCCGAUCCCAUCGGUCUAGGACUCCCACGCGUAGAGCACGUGAGGCAACGGCUCAAAACAAGCGUAGACGCAGCAACCCGAGCAACAUUGUGUUCCUCACGUGCGACGCCUACGGUGUGUUGCCGCCCGUGUCUAAGCUGAGCGACGACCACGAUAUAUACUCCUUCCUGUCCGGCUAUACGGCCAAGGUUACCGGUACGGAGCGUGGCGUGACGGAGCCCACGGCCACUUUCGGUGCCGCCUUCCUGCCUCUGCACCCGACCAAGUACGCGGACCUGCUGCAGAAGAAGCUGCAGAAGCACAACACGUCGGUGUACCUGGUCAACACCGACUGGAACAGUGGCGGCUACGGCGUGGGUAAGCGCAUGAGCAUCAAGGACACGCGCGCCUGCAUUGACGCCAUCCUGGACGGCUCCAUCAAGAACUCGAAGUUCUCGGAGGACCCCAACUUCGGCUUCUCCGUGCCCAAGAAGCUCGGCGAGAUCUCGGAGAACGUGUUGAACACGAGUGAGGCCUGGAGUGAAAAGGAGGCGUACGACGUCACGGCCAAGAAGCUGGCCGGUAUGUUCCAGGAGAACUUCAAAAGGUACGUGUCCACCGGCGUGACGGACUACUCCAAGUUCGGCCCCAAGCUUGACAAAGAAAGUCGGAGCAUGUUGACCACAACCUCCACUCCGUCCCCCAUCUUGUAG